AUGCCCUAUGGCCAGGCCACUCCAGGAAGACAGGGCGAUGAAUUGGAUGAAUACUAUGAGGCACUACCGCCUCAAUGGUCCGGUGUUGAAACGUCUCCGUAUUUAGCAAUGAACCAUCCAAACUCUACCACAGCAGCUGCAUAUCCGUCCGCCGCUAUCUCAACACCAAUCAGUCUCCCAGACAGCUCCUUUGUCCAUGCAAGACCGAGCCCGGUUGUCAGUCAUCGUUCGCAAGAAUAUCAGUACAACAUAUCCGAAACAGUCCCGCACCAUGGGCUUGGGAUCACUGCACCGUUUCCAAGUAAUUUUCCCCGAACGGUAACGGCGGGUCUAGGACACGCUACAGAUGAAUACGACUUUGGCCAUGCCGAAGCUACACCGUCUCCACAUCCGCCUCCGGCGAAACGAGUUAGAAGAGGCAGCUCGAAAGCCGCAAGUUCGACUCGUGAAACCCCAGUCACAAUACUGCCUCAUCCUGAGGGACUCCAGCGACUAGAGCAAGAACGGCGACAAGGCCAUAUUGAUCUUCAUCCCCACCACAGGUCUCGCGCUCCCGGCCGGGGCCGGCGCGAUCCGCAAGCGGAAGAAGAAGAUGCUUUUGUCGAGGGACUGCGAGAACAGAACCUGGCAUGGAAAGUCAUCCGGGAGCUGUUUCGCGAAAAGUUCAACAAAGAUGCAUCGGAAGCACGCCUGCAAAUGCGGAUGCUGCGCCGGCGCAAAGAACGGCUAGCCCGGUGGGAUGAGAAUGAUAUCCCACUUCUCAUAAGAGCUCGAGACCAUUGGGAACGUGAAAAGUAUCCUUUCAUUGCUCAAAAGCUGAGGGACCUAGGCGCUAGAAGGACAUACACCCCGCAGCAGUGUGAGGCUCAACUUAAAGAUAUGGAAGCUGAAAGCCGAGAACGCGCCGAUGCCUCGUUAUCGCAGAUGACAGAGCGCUCACGGACUCGAAAACGAGUUAGGGCCAACAGCGAUACGGGGCCAUAUGUUUGA